AUGGCGGCGGAGGCGGACGACCCGACGGCGGCGUCAGCGACGCUGGAGAAGUUCCGCCUCUACGAAACGCGCGCCAGGUUCUACGUGAUCGGGAGCUCGCGGGAGAAGCGGUGGUUUCGGGUGCUCAAGAUUGACCGCUCGGAGCCGUCGGAGCUCCACCUCAGCGAGGACCCCGUCUGGUACUCCCAGCAGGAGGUCAAGAGCCUACUCCAGCGCAUCGCCGAGGGCAACCGCUCCACCGGCGGCCUCACCUUCGUCACCAAGGCCUACGGCAUCGCAGGAAUCAAGGCUCAGAAAAGCUCUAGGCUUAAAUUCUUAGUUUGCUACUUCCUAGUGCCCAUCUCACGUUGCAUCAAGUUCUUGGAGUCAUAUUACCUGAUUUUAGUCACCAAGCGCCGUCAAAUCGGUUGCAUCUGUGGCCAUGCUAUAUAUUGUAUAGAUGAGAGCCAGAUGAUCACCAUCCCGCACUCAUCUGUACAGACAGAUGUUGCAACCUCUAAGAACGAGCUAAGGUACAAGAAGCUUUUGGCCAGUGUUGAUCUCACAAAGGAUUUCUUCUAUAGCUACACAUACCCAAUCAUGCAGAGCUUGCAGCAGAAUGUCACCUCUGCAGGGAUGAAGGAAACACCUUAUGAAAAUUUGUUUGUAUGGAACACUUUUCUGACAGAGCCGAUUCGCUCAAGGUGCCGCAAUGCUCUGUGGAGUGUAGCUCUCGUUCAUGGACACUUUAAGCAGGUCAAGCUGUCAGUAUUUGGCAGGGAGUUAAAUGUUAUUCUCAUUUCGAGAAGAUCUCGGCAUUUUGCUGGGACACGGUAUUUGAAAAGAGGCGUGAAUGACCAUGGAAAAGUUGCAAACGAUGUUGAAACAGAGCAAAUAGUAUUUGAAGAGGAAGCUGGUUCCUGGAAGGGAAGAAUGAGUGCAAUAGUACAGAUGCGAGGAUCGAUCCCUCUCUUUUGGUCACAAGAGGCUGGCCGACUUAGUCCUAAGCCUGAUAUUUUUGUGCAGAGGUAUGAUCCUACUUAUGAAGCAACCAAGUUACAUUUUGAUGAUCUCGCUCAGCGAUAUGGACAGCCUAUCAUAAUACUUAAUUUAAUAAAGACUGUUGAAAAAAGGCCAAGGGAGAUGAUGCUCAGGCGUGAAUUCUUUAAUGCAGUUGGAUAUCUUAAUCAGAAUGUCCCAGAAGAGAGGAAACUGAGAUUCAUACACUGGGAUUUUCAUAAAUUUGCGAAAAGCAAGUCCGCAAAUGUGCUGGGUGUUUUAGGAGGUGUGGCGAGUGAAGCACUGGACCUUACUGGAUUUUACUACAGUGGGAAGCCAAAAGUUCAGAAAAGAAGGUCUAUCCAGCUUAGUCGAACUAGCACUGCAAGGGAUGUUGAAAUAAGAGCUAGUUCUGGAGACCUUCCGAGACUCUCUAGCAAUGCUGAUGCACUUGGUUCUAUAGCUUCUCAGGAUAUGAGAAAAGAGGAUAGCAAACAUGAGCCUCUUGGUGAUGCUCCUUGUUAUCAAACUGGAGUUCUUCGUACGAAUUGCAUAGAUUGCCUGGAUCGCACAAAUGUCGCACAGUAUGCUUAUGGCCUUGCUGCUUUGGGGAGGCAACUUCAUGCGAUGGGACUGACAGAUGUUUCAAAAAUCCACCCAGAUAGCAGCAUCGCUUCAGCUUUAAUGGAAAUGUACCAGAGCAUGGGUGAUGCACUUGCUCAUCAGUACGGAGGCUCUGCAGCACAUAAUACGGUUUUCCCCGAGAGGCAAGGGAAGUGGAAGGCUACUACUCAAUCUAGGGAGUUUCUGAAAUCAAUUAAACGAUAUUACAGCAAUGCUUACACCGACGGUGAGAAACAAGAUGCUAUAAAUUUAUUUCUGGGUUAUUUCCAACCUCAAGAAGGAAAACCGGCUCUCUGGGAUCUGGAUACUGAUUACUAUCUCCACGUGACAACAGCUGGUGAUGAUAGCUACCAUCUUAGUUCCCCACAUGGAAAUAAUGUGCCCGGGGGAUCUGGAGAUGCCAUGAGCCCAAGACCCACAUUGAGCCCUGUGCCAGCAUGUAAAGAGGACUUUUCUAGGAUGAAACUUACUUCAUUCGACAAACUUAUAGAAAGAACCUGUAGUUCGAUAAGGAAUGUGAGGCUUCACUGUGAUGCUGAUCUAAGGCCAAGUGGUGGUGUUGGAACUUCUGCAAUGGCACCCGAUGCAGCCUUGCUUUUACGAUUCAGUGAGAUACAACUUAAAAGCCCAAACUGGUUGUUUGGUCAAAGAAAACAUGCAGAGACAGUUCCAACAACAAAAGUUACUCCAGUUGAAAAUGCGAACGAGGGAAACAAAGAUGAGACGAAUGUGUCUCUGUGUGGGGAGCUGAACUGGCUUUCCUCCUCGGCAGAUUCAUGCGAGGAGGACAACUUCAGAAGGUAUCUAGCAUUCACGACAGCGGAUGUAGACAAUGGCUGGUACAGUGGAGCACUGCUAUACGAUCAAGAUGAGAACAGCGGUGCUUAUAAACAUUACUCCGAAUUUUGCCAGGGUCCAGUCAUGGAUCCUUUUGAGCACGACCCAGAGAAAGAAGGGCACUACAGGGAGGCUCUUAGCAUGGACAUCGAACUUACGGACGAUGCACAGGUGGAGGCAGAAAUGAAAGCCGCUCUGGACGACUACCAGGUGAUAGGUUCAGACCUGAGCAUCAUCCCGUCGUGCGGCUCCCUCGCCGAGGACCCAAGCCAGCUGACAAGGUGGAUCAUUGGGGACGAGAAGCUGCGCGUCGUCGGCGCUGUGCAGUAG